UGUGUGAGAUUUUUUAGGAAUUUUCAUCUGUCCAACAAUUCGGAUUGCCGCUUUCGUUUGUUGUUCGCUGUUUUUAUGACCUGACCGUGAAAUCAAUAGGCAUAAAAUAUUUAAAUCCGUGCGGUGGCAGAUUAAGCAUGACGGAAUACACGGAAGUCUUGCCCCACAAUGGCCUAAUGGAUGGACUCGCCUCGGGAGUUGGGGUUCCCGUUGAGGCACUCCGGUUGAUCCUAACUAUCUUGGCCGGUUACCCCUUGGCAGCGUUUUAUCUCAAGUUUAUAGCAACCAUUGCCGACAAGACCGUGCAUCACAUGUUUUUUGCCGGAUGUGGCGCAGGAUUAUGUUACUUUAACUACGGCCGUGACACAUAUCACUCUCUGCUGGCCAUCCUGACAACCUAUUUCCUGGUACUCAUCCUGAGAAAAAAAACUCAAAUAUUUCUGGCCAUCAACUUUGUGUUCCACAUGAGUUAUCUGCUGCUUGGUUACUUCUACACCUCCAGCAAUGAAUACGAUAUAUUGUGGACGAUGCCUCAUUGCAUUUUGGUACUAAGAAUGAUUGGCUACGGCUUUGAUAUCACCGACGGGCUGAAAGAGGAAUCGGAGCUGUCAAAAGACCAGAAGGAAACGGCUUUAAAGGAACCACCUUCACUCUUGGAACUCUUGGCCUUCGCCUACUUCCCCAGUGGAUUUCUGGUGGGACCUCAGUUCCCCUAUCGCCGCUACCAGGCCUUUGUUAAUGGGCAAUUCCGUCAGCACGAGGGGAGCCUGGAGGCAGGCGUUAGUCGUUUUGGAGCCGGUGCCUUUUACCUGGUCGUGUGCCAAGUUGGACUGAGAUAUCUCCCCGACUCGUACUUCCUUACACCUGAGUUUGCAGAAGUUUCGUUUAUCAAGAGGAUCUAUUUCCUGGGCUUCUGGGCCAAAUUCAGUCUCUACAAGUACAUAUCAUGCUGGCUGCUCACAGAGGGUGCACUUAUCUGCAUUGGCUUGACGUACAAAGGAGAGGACAAGAAUGGGCAACCAGAUUGGUCGGGCUGCAGUAAUGUAAAGCUAAAGCUCCUGGAGACGGGAAACACGAUGGAACACUAUGUGCAAAGCUUCAAUGUGAACACGAAUCAGUGGGUGGGACAGUAUGUAUACAAGCGACUCAAGUUCCUCAACAAUCGGACGAUCAGCUAUGGAGCUGCCUUGGGUUUCCUGGCCGUCUGGCAUGGUUACCACAGCGGAUAUUAUAUGACCUUCCUGAUGGAAUACAUGGUCGUGAGCACCGAAAAGCAGAUAACCCGCUUCUACACCAAAGUGGUGUUGCCGAAAUGGGGCCACAUCCUUGACAACUCUGACAUUUACAAACUGCUAUACUUCAUCGCUAUGAAAUCGUAUAACGUAGUAUACAUGGGAUGGUGUCUCACCGCAUUUGUGUUUCUGAAAUACGAGCGAUGGAUCGUGGUUUACGGAGCGGUUAACUAUUAUGGAUUUACGUUUCUAAUUCUCUGGGCUGCCUUCUACCACACCCAUCAUCACUUUUUCCGGAGCGGCUCCCGAAAAGAAGCUGUUAGCGAUACAAAGUUAGAGGACAAAAACACGGAAAAACUCAUAGAGGAAAAGAAACCAGAAGUCAAAAAGUCUGAGUAGGAAAUGGUAGAUUCAAGAAAACAACCUGCAGGAAGUUCUCAAAAUUUUAGUUUUGCCUUGACAAUUGUUUGGAAUUGGUAUUAUUCAAAGAAUAGAAUUGUGUUUACUAACCAAAUAGAAGUUUUACCAAAUAAUAUGCCACUGUAACUAGAGAUUUGUUAACUAGCGAUUGGAAAGCAAUUUUUAUACAUAUAUAUCGUCUGCCUAGUCAAGGAGGAAUCAUCCCCAAGUUUUCAAUGUGCUUUUUGGCGAUAAGAUACUGUCUUAUCUUGCCAAAAAUCACAUUGUCAGUCAUAUAUAUAUUAUGGAAUUGUAAAUUGUAUAAGUGUUAAAACCAGUUUAGUUUAACUAGAAACUAGACAGAUCACACAUAAGACUUUAAGGAGACCAGGGUCUUGGAAAAUCAAACAACUUCUGUAACAGAUUUCUUGUAUUUGAAAGGGGAGCAGUAUCCGAGGAGACUUAACUAAGCCAUAAAGACAGUUUUAUACUAAUGCAAAGAUAUAUUUUGAUAUACUCACGCUAAGUGCAAAUUUCAGUAAUGGAAAUGCGAAAUAAAUGCAAUAAAACUA